GGCUUGCCUUUCGCCUCGCCCUUUCUUUGUUUCUCGUUCCCUCUGAAAGAAGCGGGGGCAUCUGAACAUCGUGAAGAGGAUCAGGGCCAUGGCGCCAGAACCUCCGCCCAGCGAAACCUUGUUUGUGACUGGCCUACCCAUAGAUUGUACCAAUGAGUACGGCAAGGAGAUCUUUGCGCAGUACGGUACGGUGAAGGAAGUCACGACGCUGCCCGUCAGCGCGGGCAAGAACGCCAAGGCUGCCUUUGUCAUAAUGGAGACGGUGGACGACGCCAAGUGGAUCGUGGAGCAUGUGAAUGGCAACGUGCCCCAGAAUUUAACAGACCCGGUGACCGUGGUCUUCGCAACGCCUAGAGCCGACCGGGCGAAAGGCAAGGGCAUGAAGGGAAUGAAAGGAAUGAUGGGCAUGAUGAACAUGAUGAUGAACCCCUGGGGUGGCUGGGGUGGCGGCGGCGGCGGCGGUGGCGGCGGCGGCUGGGGCGGCAAGGGCGGCUACGAACCCUAUAAGACGGCGGGGAUCUUGGGAAUGGUUGUGGAUGGGCGCGAAUUGGUCGCUUGAGGAGGCAAAAUUGGGGCACCAAACUGAACGUCCGUGCUUGUGCAGGGGUGUGGGGGAAUUGAAAUCCGCCCAGUUGGAGACAUGGCCACUGUUUUCGUCCCCAGAUCCAGAGGGCCACCAAGACGUAUUGGGAAUUGCUUGUGUACACAUAAGUCUGACAUAUAUCCUCAAAGGACAUGUUCGGGUUAUUUCGGGUUGAAUCCUGGAUACCUCACUUGAAACAGGACCAGAUUUGAAACACGCGGCCGACCAGCCAUCGCUCUUGAUGAGACCUGGUGGUCGUAAGGAUUCCGAGGACCUGGUGGUCGUCGUCCACUCGGUGGCAACGUCGCUUGUUGAUACUCCGGGGAUCUCUGCGGUUCUGGAGCGGUCUCCCCUAAAGCCUAUUGUGAAGACACUGGAUGGUAGAGCUCAUUGCCCAGGCAGUGUGCUUUGUACUUUGUGGGCACCCCACCCCUAUCCCCUUGAAGACCUGAACAUGAACAUGAAGACGUGAUCCGGGCAGCCCGGAUCUUGCCCACCCCGGUCGCGGACCCGAUCGGAGCGAGUUUUGUUGGGUGAGAGACGAGAGCUUGAUGUGAGUCGUGGAUGAACAAGCUAUUUUGUGGGCCGCCUUGUGGCUUGAAAGACAGGUAGAGUGCACGGCUUGUUCAUGAAACCUUGGCUUUAUCGUGCGCACUUGACGAAACUGUUAGUGUUCUGGAGCCUGGAUAUGCAUCGUUCUGGGCACACUCUGUGGUUGGUAUAUCGGCAACAUCCACUUUGCUAAGCUGCUUCACCGAGGUGGUUUUGCACCCCCGGACAGGUUUGUUUAACGAUUCUUGCUCACCAUUGUUUCUCUUUUUUUGUCUGAUUGCUAGCAAUGUUUCGGGCUCACCACUUUCAGACAGCUCAGCUCCCUUUUGCUAGGGAUACUACGACAACCAGGCAUGGAGUACCUGUUCGCAGAGGGUAGUUCUUGGGGUUGGCUAGGGACCUGCAAGGAGAAACUCUUGGUGAGCGCUUGGCUGCUGUUAGAGUUAUUGGAAUCUCCACUUCUACACUAGGAUGGCUAUGAUAGAUAUUGACAAUUAGAUCUUAAUCAGUUUUCUGAAGAAAAACCAUGUGGACGUUGCUGUAAACAAAGCCCUGCUAAGCUUGGUCGUUCACAUGGUCCAGUUGCAGCAUGCAGCUUUCAAUUCUGGGGGCACAUAGGCUCUACGGGUGUUUUUCAUCCAAACACUGGCUCAGUGGGAGCCCGCGAAGCCUCGAGAUGAGGGACUCUUGUCUUCCUCUCCGCAUCCUAUGGAAUUCUCGAUGACCGUAAGUAUGAAUGCAGACAGUUAGAUAUAUACACCAAACACAUCCAAACACCCUGUCUUGGUAGUAGCUCCUCCAAAUCUAUCGGUGAGUUGUCAUUCUGGUGGACAAAUUCCCCGCCACCAAUCGUAGGUACCUGCUUAGUGCCGUGAUACCAAAUUGACGCUUUCUGUGGUCUGCGCAAAGUGACCUGUCCAAAUAGAGUCACCCCUAGGUUUGAGUCAGACCAAGAAAGGUCCGUUUAUGGUUUUCGUCUCCGUGCAAUACAGUACGCGCGACUGAUCGACCCCGCGAGCUGAUCCACCCAGCAUCACGACUCGGUCCCACCAUUUUUGCUCGCUGCGUCGCGCGCCAGUGGGAGAUGGGCAGCAAGGGCAAGGGCAAGGGUCCACCAGGAAAAGGCGCAGGGUGGGUGCACCGUCUCAGGAAGUCGAGGAGUGGGAGAACUAAGGACUGGGCCAAAUGUGAGGGAUUGGUUGGAGGCUGAACUCUUGAGCUAAACUGGAAAAAUAUGGAACAUACUGUUCAACCCUCGAUGCUCGAAUCACAUUGCUUUCGUCCGUUUGGCACUGGAAUUAUUUUGCAGUCUUUUAUAUAGCAUCCAUCCUCGGCGAUUUUCACAGUUUUUUGUCCGGUUUGAUCUGUCCUCCAUCCUCAUACCAACUCGAUCCAUCCUGUAGAGGGUGAUUUUGGAUUGGAUCCUACCCAAAGCGAGCUUUAGCAGUUGAUCAACGGCGGAGGGCCAGAUGGCACCUGGAUUGGUCUCGCCGUUCGGAUUCCAGGUGGCAUGGGCUUUCCGGGCGGCGGCAUGGGCGGCAAAGGCUUCAUGAAAUGAGAUUCGUCUACGCCGCAGAGCUGCUGACCAUCCAAGGCAUCGCCGUCGUGGGUGGCAUCAUGUGACGGGGGACACCGAACGGGAGAAACUUGCGCCGCUUCGUGGCCGCGAGUUACGCGAGUGGUUCGACCCAAA